UGUAAUGGCUGCAGUAACUGUAACUGUUGCUGUGUUUGGCUGUGGCCGGAUGGGUAAACUACACCUGACCACCCUGGCUUCGCUGAGGGGGGUGAGGGUGAAGUGGGUGGUAGAUGAAGCCGGUGUUCACCCUCAAGUACAGCAGGUGCUUGUUUCCCUCAGACUGCCGACCACAGACAUUGCUGACAUCACGGACAUCAACACAGUGUUAGAAGACAAGGAGGUGACAGCUGUCGUGAUCUGUACACCUGCCUCAACCCACGAGAACCUGAUACAGGCUGCACUGAACACAGGGAAGCAUGUGUUCUGUGAGAAGCCCAUCGGCCUGAGCUGUGAGAGCGCCACGUCCAGCUACCGCCUCGCGAGGGAGAAGCGCCUCACACUGUACUGUGGCUUCCAGAGACGAAAGGAUGCAGACUUUAGUGAAGUGUACUCCAAGAUCAGGCAGGGGGUCAUCGGCAAACUCCGCAUCCUCAAGCUCACAUCACGAGAUGGCCCUUCCCACAAUACAUCAGCCUUCCUCCAACAUUCAGGUGGAAUAUUUCUGGACAGCUGUGUUCAUGACUUGGACGCUGCAUGCUGGCUGGCUGGGGAACGCCCCCUGUCUUUAGUUGCGUACGGCCACGCCCAUGAAGAGAUGUUUGCUGAGUGCCAGGAUGUAGACAUGACUUCCAUCAUGAUCAAGUUCCCCAGCGGCGCCAUAGCAACCAUAGACAACUCUCGGAUAGGAGCAGAGUAUGGAUACGACCAGAGGCUAGAGGUGCUGGGUUCUUCAGGGAUGUUGAAGAUUGAGAAUCCUCGGACAAGCAGCGUUCAACAGUGGUGCGACGUAGGGACUGUGCUGGCGCCAAUGGUUCACGACGGAAUACAGCGAUACCUUGCAGCGUACAAGAGUGAGAUGUCCCACUUCACUGACAUUGUGAAAGGUGAGAGCGAGUGUGACAUGACAGCCGAGAGUGUCAUCACCGUCAGCCAGAUGGUGGAGCUGUGCCAGGAGUCGCUCCGGACCGGGCAUUCACUGCCUCUGCCACAGCUCCAAAUAUAGGCUCCACAGAUAUACUCCCAAAAUAGUCCAUGAGCCAUAGCUCCAAAUAUAGGCUCCACAGAUAUACUCCCAAAAUAGUCCAUGAGCCAUAGCUCCAAAUAUAGGCUCCACAGAUAUACUCCCUAAAUAGUCCAUGAGCCACAGUUCCAAAUAUAGGCUCCACAGAUAUACUCCCAAAAUAGUCCAUUAGCCAUAGCUCCAAAUAUAGGCUCCACAGAUAUACUCCCAAAAUAGUCCAUGAGCCAUAGCUCCAAAUAUAGGCUCCACAGUUACUCCC